AGAAAGGGCAGAAAAGGGGCGGUUUGUGAAAAAUUAAAAAUGAGGGUCGAAAUUCUAAAAAAAAAAAAAAGGGUCAGGGCGGGAGCACAGGCGAGCUACCGAGGUACACUUUUUUCUUGUCGACUCCCCGCGUAAAAGCUCCGGCAGGCAAAGGAGAAAGGAAAAAAAAAAAAAAACAAGAAGACGAAAAGGAGCAAACACGACCGGAUCGUAGGCUAGACCGGGUCUCGGAACCUCUCCCUCACUCGCAGACUCCCUGCCUGACCGUCUUUUGCUGGCUCCUCUUUCUCCACAAGCGGCCGCUGGCUUUGCUGUCCCUGUCUCCGUCUCCCCUCGCCGCCUCUUUAUUUCCCCCUCUCCCGCUCUUUUCUUCCUUCCCUUCCCACUCCUCUCCAGUCUUCACUUCCCCACCACCUUCCAUCCCACUGCCGCUUCACCCAGGAGCCAUGUCGGUGACCAUGACCCAGAGAGCCGCCGGCGGCCGGGCUGCCGCCAAGUGCAAGCCAGAGAUCGCGGAACAGCAGUUCCCCGACAUCAACACUCUGCGCAACGCCAUCCCCGCCCACUGCUUCGAACCGUCUGUAGCCAUCUCGAUGGGCUACCUGGUGCGCGACCUGUGCGUGAUCUCGGCCCUGGGUUGGGCCGCCCUCACCUACAUCCCCCAGAUCCCCGACGUUUACGCCCGCUGGGCCGCCUGGGCCGCCUACGGCUUCGUCCAGGGCCUAUUCGGCACUGGCCUGUGGAUUCUGGCCCACGAGGCCGGCCACGGCGCCUUCUCCAAGCACGACCGCUUCAACAACAUCGUCGGCUGGGCCGCCCACUCCAUCCUAAUGGUGCCCUACUUCUCGUGGAAGUACUCGCACCACCGCCACCACCGCUUCACCGGCCACAUGGAGAAGGACAUGGCAUUUGUGCCCGCCCAGGCCGAGGACCGCCACGCCCGCGCCUCCUUCUUCUCGCGCAUUGGCGUCGACUUGGACCUGCUCGAGGACACCCCGAUCUUCAACCUGGUGCGCCUCAUCUCGCACCAGCUCUUUGGCUGGCAGAUCUACCUGCUCUUCAACGUCACCGCCGGCAAGGAGAGCAGGCAGUGGAAGGGCGCCAGCUGGUUCCGCCAGAGCCACUUUGAGCCCACCAGCGCCGUCUUCCGUCCCAGCGAGGCUCUCUUCAUUGCCAUCUCGGAUCUCGGCCUGGCGAUCACGGGUUCCGCCAUCUACUACGGCUCCACCAUUUACGGCUGGGAGAGCAUGUUCCUACUCUACGCUGUGCCCUACAUGUGGGUUCACAACUGGCUGAUUGCCAUCACGUACCUGCACCACACCCACCAUGACGUCCACCACUACGACGCCGACAACUGGACCUUUGUCAAGGGCGCCGUCGCCACCAUUGACCGCGACUUUGGCUUCAUUGACCGCCAGAUAUUCCACGGCAUCAUUGGCACCCACGUUGCCCACCAUCUGUUUCCUCGUAUCCCCUUCUACUACGCCGAGGAGGCUACCGAGGCCAUCAAGCCUGUCCUAGGCGACCUCUACCACUGCGACGACCGCAACUUCAUCACGACUCUCUGGCACACCUUCACCUCAUGCAAGUACGUUGUGCCGGACCCCAAGGUCCCUGGCGCCCUUAAGUGGGCCACCAACUAGACUAGGGCAACUAGACAAGGGGAAUGGGGAAUGGCUCAGCCUCCUCCCCGCCGGAGGAUUUGGGCGCCGGCACUUUUUUGUGGGCAUGGCGUUAUCGCUCGUUAUCUGCAGCCCAGGCGGUGUGGAAGAAUUCACAUCCCGCCCUGCGCUGCAUUUUCAGGAUUCAUGCAGGAAGGGCCUCGCUAGCGCAAGCGUCAUGCAUGUCUCGACAUCGCUCCGGUUGUUCUUUGCCUUUUCCACGCUUCAUCAUUUUAGACUUGAUACACAGACGGACAGGCACACAUGGUUGGGCUAGAUAGAGGGCGGAUCACGCAACAAUAGAUUUGGCUCAUGUUUUUUUCCACAUACUCGUCCUGCGUUGAAGACAUUCAAACCAAAAGGCCUCGGGCUAAUAUCCGUUGUCGUGUUCUGGAGAAAGUGAUUUUGC